AACACAAAAAAAACAAAAGCAAAAACUACAUUCUCAAUUAUAUGUACAAUAACUGUGAAAGCUUAAUUCAAUUCAGUUCAACUCAGCUCGACUCGACUACAUUAAUGGAGAUGAUCAUAGAUGGAGAAUAUGACCCGAUUGUGUUCUUUGAUGUGGAGAGGAGGUUUUCGAAACCGGGUCAGGAUUGGGUCUUAGUGGAAUUCGGGUCGAUAUCCGUAUGCCCGAGGAGGUUAAUUGAGCUUGAUAGCUAUUCGACCCUGAUCCGACCCGAUGACCCGUCAUUCUUGGAUAACUUUUCGGAUUUGAAAAAUGGCAUUACAAGAGAAGCCUUAGCUUCUGCCCCUCACUUCUCUCAAGUUGCUGACAAAAUCUACCAAAUCCUCCAUGGGAAAAUAUGGGCUGGACACAAAAUUCAGGAAUUUGAUUGUAUUAUAAUUAUAGAGGCAUUUGAUAGAAUUGAUAGGCCAGCACCAGAACAUAGGCACUUGAUUGAUUCACUUCCAUUGUUAACAAAAUGGUUUGGAAAGAGAGCUGGUGACAUGAAGUUGAAGAGUCUAGCAGCAUACUUUGGAUUUGAAGAGCAAGUACAUAGGAGUUUGGAUGAUGUCCGAUUGAAUCUUGAAGUUGUCAAGCACUGUGGAACUGUUUUAUUCUUGGAGUCUAUUUUUCGCAACGUAUUUCCUCAAGCUUCAUGGAUUUCACCCCAUGAAAUUGAUAUACAUUCUACUUACGCGAUCCUGGCCUCCUUCUAUGAUGGAAACCCGAAAAUACGUGUUAUGCACAAGACCAACGAUUUGAAGCUGCAUUGUAAUCGCCUCAAUGUGCGGUUUGGAAUCAGGAAGUUCGAUGAUGCUAAUCCUCGACUCACAUUCGUGGUAGAUACGUUGUUUUGUUUAUAUGAAGUUCUGGAUAAAUGUGAUGUUCAUGUGAAGAAGAGGUACACGGAAUGUGGUGGUGGCUCGGAAUGGUUGCCUGUUGUUAACAGAGAUUAUCAGAGCAUUCGGUUGCAUUUGAAAGCUAGAGUACUGGAUGGUGACAUUGUUCAAUGGGAAACACAAAUAGAGAGAUAUCAAAGUGGAAAUUUCACAAACCAAAGAGUUGAGUAUAGUAAUUUUGACUCUGAAGAAUUAGAAAGAUUGUUCAUUCCUGGGAGUUAUGUGGAUGCAUUUUUCUCUUUCGACACCUUUGAUAAUACGAAGAAAGCAGGAAUCAAUUUAGUCGUCGAUAAGUUGAUUAUACAUCGCUAAUAUGGGGAAAAUAUGAUUAGUUGAGAUUCAUAUAGUCAACCCCAGUUUGUUUGAAAUUGAGUCAUAGGUAUUAUUGUUGUUGUCAUUUACUAUUAUUGCUUAAUUAAUAUCUAUUGUGAAAUUGAUAUGAUGA